GCUAGCAAGAUUUAGCCGUCAGCGUCCCCACUGGCUUACUGUACUCGUGCUACGAUCCUAGACGGCACCAAGCCAGCAGAGCAACCCCAGCCCACUGCGGACAGGCCCGGCCAUCCCAACCAUGCCCCUUGCCCUGUACACCUGCGUCCUCUGCCUGUGCACCAGUGGCCUCUGGGCCAUCCAGGCUGAGACCUCCAGUGCUGUUUCCGGCAUAGACAGUCCUCACCGGGACCUAGCACCAACCAACCUUGACUUUGCCUUGAGCCUGUAUCGGCACGUACUGGCCUCAGCUCCUGACACGAACGUCUUCAUCUCCCCUGUGAGCAUCUCCAUAGCCUUGGCCAUGCUGUCUCUGGGUACCUGUGGCCACACACAGACCCAGCUUCUCCAGGGCCUGGGCUUCAACCUCACCAGGAUGUCAGAAACCAAGAUCCACCAGGACUUCCAACACCUGCUUGACCUCCUCAGGGAGUCAGACACCAGCUUGGAAAUGGCCAUGGGGAAUGCCUUGUUCCUCAACCACAGCCUGCAUCCUCGGGAGUCCUUCUCAGCAGACAUCAAACACUACUAUAAGUCGGAGGCUUUGGCUGUAGAUUUUCAGGACUGGACCAGAGCCCGCAGACAGAUCAAUGAGUACAUCAACAAUAAGACACAGGGAAAGCUCACGGACAUGUUCUCAGAACUGGAUAGUCCAGCCAUCCUUAUCCUGGUCAACUACAUCUUCUUCAGAGGCACAUGGGCACACCCCUUCAACUCAGAAAGCAGCAGGGAGGAGAACUUCUAUGUGAACAAGACAACCACAGUAACAGUGCCCAUGAUGUCCAAGUCAGGCACUAUCAUGUACCUGCAUGACUCGGUGCUCCCCUGCCAGCUGGUACAGCUGAACUUCACAGGCAACGCGACUGUCUUCUUCAUCCUUCCAGACCAAGGGCAGAUGGACACAGUCAUUGCUGGGCUAAGCCGGGACACCAUCCUGCGGUGGUCCAAUUCCCUGAUCCAUGGCCAGGUAGACCUGUACCUGCCGAAGCUCUCCAUCUCGGGCGCCUAUGACCUCAGAGCCAUGCUGGCAGACAUGGGCAUCGAAGACUUGUUCACCAACCGGGCCAAUUUCUCAGGCAUCACCCAGGAGGCUCCACUGAUGCUAUCAAGGGUUGUCCACAAGGCCAUCCUGCAGAUAGACCAGGACAGAGUAAAUGCAGCAAACCCCACGGGGAGCACCCCAAAGCUGGAGUCUGAGCCAGUCACCCUCCGUUUAAACUGGCCCUUCCUUGUCCUGAUCUUCGACCACUACACAUGGAGCCCUCUGCUCCUGGGGAAGGUUGUGAACCCGAGCUGAAAGCACAGCCCCCUGGGAGCCACUGCACCAUCUAACUUUGGGGGAGAGCCCUCCCCCUGUCUUCUUCAGGUUUUCCUCCACAGGAACAGAGCUGCCCCUACCUUUAUGCAUCUUGUAAUAAAAAACUAUUGUUGCAAAUCUCA